AUGUAUCUUUGCUUCUCCAUUAGUGGUCUUUGUGGUGAAGGUGACCAAUUCAUGGGAUUGAUUACCCUCUAUUUUAUUGAUUGGUUUGGUGGGUCGAUGGCUGCGAGUGCAAACCCUUCUGGGAAUAAUAGUAAUAAUAAUAAUGAUCAAGAAGGUUCUUCAGCCAAUGCAAAUGGCGCCACCAAUAACGGCAGUUCGGUUCCCCAUGACAACUCGCCGGUGGGUCCCACCCAGGCGGCGCUCCGCCACAACCCUGGUCUCUCCGUCGAAUGGACCCCGGACGAGCAGUACCUCUUGGAGGAUUUGCUCAACAAAUAUUCCUCAGAACGCAACAUUGUGCGGUAUGCAAAAAUUGCAAUGCAGUUAAAAGAUAAGACAGUUCGGGACGUGGCAUUGCGCUGUAGAUGGAUGAACGUAAUUCUUCAAUCCUUAUUGGUUUAAAGCUUCAGCCCUCUCUCUCUUUUUGC